AGUUUUUCUAUAUCCCAUUGUUACCUUAUUAUCCAAUCCACAACAGAAGCGCCUGAGCAGCUCGAAAGACAGAAAGCUUUGCAACAAAGAGAUAUGGCUUCCCUGGCAGCAUCCAGAGCAGCUGCCUCCCUUGGAGUGUCUGAAAUGCUAGGAAACCCUCUCAACUUCAGCGGAGCCACCAGGUCUGCUUCUCCGGCUGCAUCAACUCCUGCCACGUUCAAGACUGUUGCUCUCUUUUCCAAGAAGAAGCCCGCUCCUAAACCAAAGCCUUCUGCUGUUUCACCAGCUGAUGUGGAGCUCGCCAAGUGGUACGGUCCUGACAGAAGAAUCUUCUUGCCGGAUGGGCUCUUGGACCGGUCUGAGAUCCCAGAAUACUUGACUGGAGAAGUCCCUGGAGACUAUGGUUACGAUCCUUUUGGUCUCAGCAAGAAGCCAGACGACUUCGAAAAAUAUCAGGCAUUUGAGUUGAUUCACGCCAGGUGGGCCAUGCUUGGAGCAGCUGGCUUCAUCAUCCCUGAAGCUUUCAACAAAUUUGGAGCCAACUGUGGGCCAGAAGCUGUCUGGUUCAAGACAGGAGCUCUACUUCUUGAUGGCAACACAUUGAACUACUUUGGCAAGAACAUCCCCAUCAACCUCGUCCUUGCUGUCGUUGCUGAGGUUAUCCUUGUUGGCGGUGCUGAAUAUUUCAGAAUCACUAAUGGCUUGGGUUUUGAUGACAAGCUUCACCCGGGUGGUCCUUUUGACCCACUGGGCUUGGCAAAGGAUCCUGAUCAAGCUGCACUCCUGAAGGUGAAGGAGAUUAAGAAUGGUAGACUUGCAAUGUUUGCCAUGCUGGGUUUCUUCUUCCAAGCUUAUGUUACUGGAGAAGGUCCCGUGGAGAACCUCGCAAAACAUCUCAGCGAUCCUUUUGGCAACAACUUGCUCACUGUCAUUGCUGGUUCUGCUGAGAGAGCUCCUUCUCUGUGAUUUUACUUUACUUGAUGUUCCCUACUCAUAAUCUAAAUGCACUGUACAUCUCAUUGAGAUAUUUCAAGGUGUUACCGGGCGAUUAACCUUAAUCCAUGCACUUGAAAUCUGAUCUUUCGUUUA